AUGGGAACCACCUUUGAUCCGAGAUCCCACGAAGCGACAGUCCAUAACCUCCAUAAUGUCCGGGGUAAUGCUGCUGACGAUGCCAGAUUGGCUGGCCGUCGCAUCCUAGGUAUAACCCAGCCGGCUGUAAUACUAAAGCUAAGGACUCUGAGGUGUGACGAAAACGUCUUGAAUAAAGCCGAGCUAUUGGUGGAACAUGGUGACUACACCGAGGAAGAUCAUGAGCGAGAGCGACCAAAGCCUUCUGCAAAAACCCUUGAAGAGGUUGAGACGGAAGAAGAAUAA